AUGCAAAGCGUUUCGAAUUCUCAGAUUCAAGCGGCCAGAGUGGCUGCCGAAACAUCCAAUCGACCACCACGUUCCACAGAAAAAACCGACAACAGUGACGAAUCAACCGGAACCGGAACCGGUACUGGCAGUGGUGACAGAAGGUUCCUGGGAAAGAUAGCUGCUGCUUCACAGGCUGCUGCAGCAGCCAGUAAUGCACCAGCAACACCAACCCGUGAGACAAUGACCAGACCGCAACAAUCUGUGUCCGACGGAUGCAGUCGUUACCACGUUGGACAGCUCAGGAGGGAGCGCUGCAAUAAAAAUCUGAAUAGUAUUCGAUUUGAAUCAUUAUUACAACACCCUCACGAAGAUUUUCAAGCGAGUAGGAGUGGCAUUGUCAAUAAAGAACAGAAAUAAGAGGCUGUGAAAAGAGUUGGGCAACUUCCCCAUUCUCUUCAGAAGCUAAGCCGCCUGGAGAACGUAUCCUUCCCCAUGAAGAAUGGGAGAGGAAAACUUUAGAAGAUCGUUCUGCUACAAUGCCGUGACCAAUUUUUUCCCUUCAGAAUUUCUUCACUUGAGUUACUCCUCUUCACUCCAUCUGUUUCUUUUCUUCUUCCUCUCAUUUUGUAG